AUGACCAACUUUUCGGCAGAAAGCCUUUGGAUGACCACAAAUGGAGACAAAAAAAAGAGUGUGGACAAAGAGAAGUUUAAGGGUAGAUACCAAGACGGUAUGGAUGGGUCUAUUGUGCAUGGGACAUACGCUCUCAAGCAAGUAAUCGGACGUGGUGCUUAUGGCGUUGUUUAUCGGGCAGUUAAGCGGGGCAGUUCUAAACCUGUUGCGAUUAAGCAGAUAGAGUUUGAGGAUGAAAGCGAAUUGAAUGAGCAUAUGCUUGAGAUUGAUCUUUUAAAGAACCUUAGGCAUGAGAAUAUAGUUGAGUAUCGUGGGUUUAUUCAGAAGGCACAUGAGUUGUAUAUUAUUCUAGAGUAUUGUUCACGUGGAUCACUUCGAGAUUUGUUGAAGCAGGGUCCAUUAUUGGAAGAGGAUACUGUGAAUUAUGUACGACAGACGUUACAGGGCCUCCAGUACUUACAUGAACAAGGGGUGAUACACCGAGACAUAAAAGCAGCAAAUCUUUUAUUGACCGAGGAUGGUGUGGUGAAGCUAGCGGAUUUUGGUGUUUCGACAAGAAUCAACCGAAUGGCCAUGACGUAUGCUGGAUCGCCGAACUGGAUGGCUCCAGAGGUUAUGACUGGGCAAGGAGCGUCAACUGUAAGUGAUAUAUGGUCUCUUGGAGCUACAGUUGUUGAAUUACUCACUGGAAACCCACCAUUCCACAAUUUGGUGAAUGAAAGCGCAUGUUAUGCAAUUGUGAACGAGGAGUACAUUCCACCAUUGACACUAUCGGCCGGAUGCCAGGAGUUUUUGAGUCAAUGUUUUCAAAAGAAUAUGUUUAAACGUGCAACAGCUCCAGAGUUAUUGCAGCACCCAUGGUUACAACAGGAGAACUUUCAAAAGCAACGAUCUAAGAUUAACUUGGCGGAAUACAUUGAAAAGGAUGACAAGUGGGAUGCUGAUUUUGUUCUUGACUCAGACACAGAUAUGACACCAUCACCCACAAAGGUUACAGAAAAGUUACGAAAACUGCAAGGUGAGGAUUUUAGAACCCUAUCUGUGGACGAGCUUUUUAUCGACCAUUCCUUAGAUGCUAUUACUGCACAAUUGUUACAGUCGCUUUUAGAGUUACAAGCGGAAACUACCAAGAAUAAAAGGAAGAAUGACAAUUUCAAUGCUAUAAAAAACAGGGCAUAUGAGAUUUUCAAGUAUGACAAGCAAUUCAACCACUCCUCUUUGAAGGAGAAAUUCGUUGAUACUGGUGGCGUUUCUUUGCUUAUCUCUUUGCAGUUUGAAUCGCUCCUUUCGACGUUUUUCGAUAAGAGUAUCAAACUUCUUAUACAAUGUGGUAUUCUAUUUCACAUGAAUACUCUCAGAGACUCUAGACUUGUAGUGUUGGUCAGCUAUGGGUAUAGAGCACUCACAUCUCCCGAAAUAUGGAAUGAAUGGUGUUUAAAGCAUAAGAAGAAGAUCUCGGAAUGUAUCAACACCGAAUUGGGAUCUACGAAGUACAUAGAAGCAGAAAAAUUACUCAUUCAUGUAUCCUUACUAAAGGAUUUCCCACUAGACAUUUCCAGAUUGAUGCUCUAUGCUAAGAAGUAUAAGCAUUUACAGCAUUGCAUCUACACUUGCUUGAAUAAUUCCAUCAAAAGAUCUAUUUCCAACAUCCCUACAUCUAACAUGAUUCAUGGAAAGUUAGUCUACGAAAAAUCAAACUUCCCAUCUCACGUAAUGGAAUGGUUGCUUGAGAUGAUCCCUGUUCUUAAGAAAAGGGCUAUAGAACCAUUCGUCGAGCUUUGUUUCCACGUUUGUCACUUGAAUAAUAAAAGUAUUGCAGAGUUGAUGAGAGAUGGUCAAUUCUUCUCUUUGACUAAAUCAUUACUCCAGUCAUCAAACAACAAUUGUCUUCCGUGGUGCCUUAACCUUUGUAGCGAAUAUGCGAAAGACCUGAAGCAGGACAAUAUAGGAACUAUGCUCGAUAUUGGAAUGUCUUCAUUGACUGUUGGCCACUGCCUACACAAUAGCAUCGAAAUCAUAUUAAAUUGUGUCAACGUGGCUCAACUUAACCAUUUGGAAAUAUCACUUUCUGCCGAUAAUAUAAUAAUCGGAGAUUGCAGCAUUCCAUUACAGAACUUAGUGGAAUCAUUCUACCAAGACAAUGGAAGAUACGACAAAUUCAUUACAAAAUUCACAAAGUUGUGCUCUUUACCAAUAGGCAGCCAGAUAUGUAUCGGAGUGUUUGAGCAAGAAAGAUUUGUGGGCCGGAUCUAUGAGCUUUUCGAUAGGUUCAAAACUUCACUUAUUAUCCAAAUUGACUUACUAAAAUUCUUAAAAGUCCUGGUUAUUCAGAUCAAUGACAAGAACAAAAUGUCUCAACCCGAUAAACGGAAGAAAUUAUUAAAAUUCCUCUCACACAAUUGGAAUACUACAGAUUCUGUAACCCCUAUCAAACAGACUCAACAAAGAGUUGGGGCAGAUUCUGUUUUGAUUCAACAGUUAUGUCAAGAUAUAGAAAAUCUGAUCUGA